CCUUCCGCCUGCCUGCCUGCAUUUUAUUGUCCUCGCCUUCUUGACUCCCGCACUCGCUCUACACCGUCAUGGGCUCCCAUAGUCAUCGUCAUCGAGAUGAGAGGCGGACAGAUCACUCGGACCGCGACAGUCAUGGCCACACACACCGACGGCGGUCUCGAUCAAGGUCCCCUGAGCGAAGGCAUCGCCCAAAUCGUCAUCAUGAGGAUGAUCAAGACGAAGAAACAAGAGCAGGACCAUCCCGCAAACAUGACCAUACAGACUCGCAUCGUAGCAGCAGCAGCAGUAGUCGCCGCAAUCGACAUCAUCGCGACAGGAACCGCGAUGAAUACCACUCUCGAAAUCGCAAGAGGCACAGGAGAGACGAUGACAAUAGUCAGGAGCAGAGGCCCUCACGCAUUAUAGAUGAUGAUGAUGUCCACGCAGCCACCCUUGCAGGGGCUUCCACACGAAUGGACACCGCAGCCCAUAACGCCUCUGAAAUGAUCCCGACCUCAACUUCUCUGGAUCUCCAGUCACACCCGGCCCCCUCGUACAGCAACGACCCCGCUCCUCUCCCCAAGAAUGCACCCACGGCCACGCAGCUCCAGAGGGACGAUUGGAUGCUUCUCCAGCCUUCCAGCGACGAUCCGGAUCCCUCUACAGCCACUCGAGACGAUGGUCCCUCUCCCUCUGCCCCCUACGGCUCGGGAGACUUUGACUUCUUCUCCUCUCUCGGCUCACAGCGUGUCAAACCCGCGCCCGUCGAGAAGCCCGACCCUGAAAAGUUGCACAUCAGUUCUCGCGAGCUAAACACGCAACUCGUCCAGGGGAAAGGGCUGGACGAGUACAGUGAGGAGCCGAAAAAGGAUACAAAGUAUGGCGCACCGGGGUAUCAGUGGAGGAUGAUGAAGCUGCGCAAGACGUUUGAGCUCGCCGAGCAGGAGGGGCGCUCGGUCGAGGAGGUGGCAUUGGAGCGAUAUGGCGACAUGGGAGGAUUCGAAGAGGCCAAGAGAGAAAGGGCAUGGCUUGAUGGCAGGCAGAAGGGACCGGCAGGGAGCGCUGCUGCCAAGCGACCGGCCAAUAAUCCUCUGUCGACCGCCGGGACUCCCAUGUCGUCUCAGCCAGCUUCGCGGACCUCGUCCUUCAGAAAGCCAGGAGAGUCAGCAGGACCCUCGACACCAUCCAGCAGCACACCAGCUCCGCCGAUCAGCACUUCGAGGCCAACUGGCAUCCCCAGCACCUCCGCCGCCGCAGCAGCUGCGACUAGGUCGUUAAGUAAUACUCCACGCUCUUCUCAACCCUCGACACCCAUCCCAAGCGUUCUCGCCCCGCCCAAAGUGCCCCUCGCAGCUGGCAGCAGUGAGGUCCUAGAAGGAAGCAAUGUCGCUGCCGCCGCUACUCCACCGAUGGACUCGGCCGCUCUCAACAAGCUGGAAGCCAGGGUCCUCAAGGCCGAGAUGAGCGGAAAGCCCAACGCGGCCAGCUUGCGCGAGAAGCUCGAGCGCGAAAAGCAGAGGGCUCAAAAUACCGCAGCGGGAGACAGCUACUCUCCGAACUCGACUGCGCAGCGCGACCGCUCAGGCAACGAAACGGAAAUCGCUGUCCUUCCUACUCUUGACGCCCGCGGGCGUCUCUAUGACGUCGGCACGUCCAAGGCAGGCGAAUCGGCGCCUGCACCACACCAGCCAGGUAACCGCCGAAAGCGCGUUACCAACAACAUCGAGACUCAUGACCCUUUGACUGGCGACGUCAUCCGCCGUGAAGGGGACGACGAUACCCUCACCCUCUCAGAGCUCGUCAGGCAAGAAAAGUUCAAAGCAGGUCGAGGAGAUCAGAAGGACUUCGAUGCAGAAUUUGCGGCUCAAAUUGCAGGCGAUGGGGCUUAUAAGGGUGGGGAGGACUAUUUGGACGAGAAUGCUGAGCGUCUAGCCAGGAGGCGAAUGAAGAGCGACGCGUUGAAGCGCCAAUUCGCGGUCGAUGACUACGCAAAGACGCGCAAAGCGAUGGAGUCCUGUCGCCUCUGCUUCAGAGGGGAGGAUGGUGAUCUCCCACCUCUUACGCAUUCCACGGUGGUUGCACAGGGAACGCGAGCCUACCUGGCUCUUCCUGAGUAUCAAGGUCUCGUCCAAGGUCAUGCGCUGAUCGUGCCUGUUCAACACCACCUCAGCAGCCUGGAGGCGGACGACGACACGUGGGAAGAGGUGAAAAACUUUGCGAAGUGCCUCCUGCAACUCGCUGCUCAGCGUGGGGAAACUUACGUAUUCUGGGAGACGGUGACGAGCUUGAAGGCGCAACGCCACACGUACAUUGAAGCUGUGCCGCUGUCGAGGGACUUGGUUGCUUCUGAGCUUCCCGGGAGCUUUCGCACAGAAUUGAUGCAGAGUGGAUCAGAGUGGGAUGCGGCGAGUAGCAAGCUCAUCACCUUCGAUACCGCACGGCCAUUCAGGAGGAGUAUGGUCUCUCAGCUACCCUACUUUGCAGUGCUUUUCGAUCAUAAAGGUGAAAAGGGGUACGGACACGUCAUCCAAGGCCCGGAUGCGGGGGAUGUUCUGGAGGCGGCAGGACAGGGCGGGGCCGAUGAGGGGGAUGGGGGCUACGCUAUGGAUGAGCUGGGAGACAAAGGGAGAGGGGGAGGGAAGUUCGAGAAGUGGUUUGGAGCGGAAGUUGUGGGCAAUCUGUUGGACUUGGAGCCCCAGAUGUGGAGAAAGCCCAGGAGGUUGGCAGAGGAAGAGAAAAGGAGGGUGGCCGCAGCUUUCAGGCAGGGCUGGGAGACCUUUGACUGGACGAAGCUGCUUAGAGAGGGGGCGAGCAAGGCGGGCGCUUAGCGGCGAGGAGCGCUCGAGCGGAAUCGCAUUCACUGUGACAAGUAUCGAAGAAGUCGAGUCUGAAAUCCGGGGUCUCGUGUCUAUAUAGCCAUGAUGCCCUCCUGAGGCAUAGCGCCACCAGCAGCUUCGUCUCCCUCUCCUUCGCCUUCCUCCUGAUCAUCGUACUCGUCACCAUUGUCUUCCUCCUCUCCCAUCGCCAAAGGCAUCUCCACCUCAUACUCCUCAUCAUCCUGGCCAUCAUCGUCCAUCGCGGCCUGGCCUCCCAUUACGACGCCCUUCGCCUUUCCUCCCAUAACAUCCCUUCCACUCAACCCCACCUCUCCUCCUCUCCCACCUGCGCCAUUCGCGAUCCGCUCAUCUUUCAUUCUCUCACACUCCCUAAA